AUGUCCAAGAGCUGCGUCAUGGCCACAUCCAGAGACUUUUAUGAUGAGCAGCCACUACACAGUCCCCGUCCCAGCAGAGUGCGUCGCAUUCCCGGACAUCUGGAGGACUAUGAGGUUGGCUUUUCAUUCCAACGUCCACCACAAAGCCCCGAGAGCUGGUCAACUUCAUCCUCUCAUGAUGAUGAUGAAGACAGGAUUCAGCAUUUGGCGUCAGCUUAUCAGGCACUCGGUCGACAAAUGAGGGAACUUCAGACGGAAAUGAGCAACGUUCGGCUGACACAAAGCGCCCAACCUGCCAAGCAUAGAUAUGCCCAGGAACAGCAGUACAGCAGCAUGCCACAGCUCCAGCCUCUUCAGUCAUGGCAUGCAUCAGAACGUUCAGGGCAUUCUUCCCCCAUAGUACCUUUGUCACCCAUAGCUCCUGUGCAGCAUCCUCCCCCGACAGGGCAAGCUAGUGUUUCAGCACCAGUGGCAGCUCCUUUACUACCAGCAGUGCCUCCAAACUACACAGCAGGUAUAGUCCAGGGAGCAGAGACCGGUGAGUACUGGCCACCGCCUCCUCCUCCAGUAGAUCCCGCUCAAGCAGCUUUGUUGCCCCCUCUGUACGACACCUCACACAGAAGUGUAGUUGCACCGCAUGUAGUUGCUCCUCAAGGCACGCCCUACAGCGCACCUCCUCCCUCACAUCCAUAUAGUGCACCUGUCUAUUAUCCACAUAGUAGACAGCAGUAUGCGUAUCCCCAAUGCAUAUACUCCAAACAGCACUCGUACGCCUACAGCACCUGUCAGCCAGCCAUAUUUAGCUCCUCCCCCUGUCAGUGCUAA